AUGGGAUGCGCUUGGAAGAUUAACCCGGGCUUAGGGGAUUUGCCCUGGUUCUUAUUGUUUUAUUUCGUAACAGAACUUGGAAGCAUUCAGAAUGUUAGAUGUUACACCUACAGGGAAUUAAGAAAUGCUACCGAAGGUUUUAGUACGGCCAACAAAAUUGGGGAGGGUGGUUUUGGUUCUGUAUACAAGGGACGGCUGAAACAUGGGAAGAUAGCUGCUAUAAAAGUUCUUUCAGCCGAGUCGAGACAAGGGGUGAAAGAGUUCUUAGCAGAGAUUAAAGCAAUGUCAGAGAUAGAGCAUGAAAACUUGGUUAAGCUGUAUGGAUGUUGCGUAGAAGAUAAUCACAGAAUUCUAGUUUACAAUUACCUUGAGAACAAUAGCCUUGCGCACACUCUUCUUGAUGGAGGUCAUAGUCACAGCAAUAUCCAGUUUAGUUGGAGAACACGGACUAAGAUAUGCAUUGGGGUAGCAAGAGGGCUUACUUUCCUUCACGAGGAAGUCAAACCAUACAUCGUUCAUAGAGAUAUCAAAGCAAGCAAUAUUCUUCUUGACAAAGACCUCACUGCGAAAAUUUCAGAUUUUGGUCUGGCUAAGCUUAUACCAGACAACCAGACUCAUGUCAGUACACGAGUAGCUGGAACACUAGGUUAUCUGGCACCUGAGUAUGCAAUAAGGGGGAAAUUGACUCGGAAAGCAGAUCUCUAUAGUUUCGGUGUCCUCCUUUUGGAAAUUGUUAGUGGGAGAAAUAACACAAAUACACGAUUAUCUGUUGAAGAUCAAUACCUCUUAGAAUGGGUAUGAUCAAUUUCAACCACAGUUUUAAUCAAACACCUAUUUUUUCAAACCAACCUCAAUUAAAAGUACUUUUUAUAAAACAACUUUUUUCAAACCACAACCACAACAGCUACCGCAAUACCAAACACACACUUAAUAGAAAUUGAGUUUUUUAUUUGAGCUCUUAUUUGAAUUUCAUAGGUUACGAGUUUGAGAGAUUACAAGUUUAAAAAAUUAACCCAAAUUUAGAAAAUUCAUCAAGAUUUGAUUUUUUUUUAAUUUUUAAGCUCGUGUUUUUUUAAAGUUUCAUCCAUCAAUAUUCAUUCAAUUAGAUAUUAGGUUCAAUUAUUUAUUUUUUACAUAUAAGAUUUUUCACUAAUUUUGAGAAUGACUCGGCUUAUCUCAAGUUUUUUUAUUUGUUGUUUUUAAAAUAAAUUUUGUUUUUUUGUUUAGAUUAAAUUAUUUGAUUAAAUAUAAACAUGAGAUGAAUUUGAGAGAUUAACUCAGGUUUAAGAGAUUCAUCAGGGUUUGUUUGAUUUUGUUUUCUCCUUUUAAGUUCAUGUUUUUUUUUUAAUUUUAUCCUUCAAUAUUUGUUCGAUUGGAUAUUAUGCUAUGUUAUUUUUUUUUUCUAUAGGAUUUCUCACUAAUUUUGAGAAUGGUUUGAGUUAUCUUAAAUCUUUUUAUUUGUCAUUUAAAAAAAAAUUAACUUGUUUAAAAUGAAUUUUAUUUUUGGAUUGGAUUAAGUUAAUUGAUUAGAUAGAAAUAUGGGAUGCGCUUGGAAGAUUAACCCGGGCUUAGGGGAUUUGCCCUGGUUUACUAGGUUUCCUUUUUUAAAAAAAAACUCGUGUUUUUCAGUUCCAUCCUUCAAUAAUUAUACGAUUGAAGGUUGAGCUCUGUUAUUUUUUAUUUGCUUUAUAUAGGAUUUUUCACUAAUUUUAAUAAUAAUCAUGGUUAUCUCGAGUAUUUUUAUUAUGACUAUAAGUCACAAACAAGUUUUUCAAAUCUUGUGAUAAAAAAUGAAUAAUAACUAAAAGAAUUUAAAAUAAAAAUUAGUAGUGAAUUAUUAAUCUUUUUUUAAAAGAUAUUCUUGGUCAUCCCUUUUUUUUUGUCAUAUUUGAAAGUAUAGUAAUUUAAAUUACAUCUUAAAAAAUAUCAAAUUAAUAUUUUUUUGUGAUUUUAAAAUGUUGAUAUUAAAAAUAAAAAUAAAUAAAAAACAUUUUUAAAAAACAUUCCACAUCAUAAUCUCAAACACACACCUAUUUUUUUUCUUCUUGUACUGUGAUUUUCCAAUAUUGAGAAACUUGUAUUUCUCAAAAUCCUUGAAACCUAUGAUAUGAAACCUUGAUAUUGUGGAUAAUAAUAAUUAUAGAAAUGAUUAUAAUAAGCUCCAAGCAGCCAAAUCUCCACGGAAACUUCCAGCUAGUCUCAUUGAAUAUGAAUAUGAUUUUUCAAUACGACAACGCUCCUCCGUUCUUGACCAGUUGUAAUGUGAACACAACACUUUUGUACGGAUUGUCCACCUUCACCUCCCCUGGCACUGCAUGCGACUUGGAUUAAACAACAAAAACGUUGACGUAUUAUGAUCAAGGCUCCAUGAGUAUCAUAUUUUAUUUGGGUCAGCCCUAAAGAACUAAAGCAGCAAUCAAAAAGAUUUCUUACUUUUUUAAUUUUCUUUAUUUUUUAUUUGAAAGCAGAAGAAUUGUAAUUACUACUCUCUUUUUUUUGGAAUUAUAUUAGCUAGAGUUUACACGUGAAGUUAAAAAAAAAAAACCAUGUGAAAUUUUUUUA